AUUAUUCAAGCGAUCCAAGUACUCCGGUUCCACUUGUUGGAAAUCGAAAAAGUGCAUGAACUCUGUGAUAACUUUUGUUCGCGUUACAUUACCUGUUUACGGGGUAAAAUGCCGAUUGAUUUGGUAAUUGAAGAUCGGGAUUCGGCAGGGUCAACCGGUUCAGGGAAUAGUCCGCAACCUGUCAGCGGUCCGAUACCAUCAAACAUAUCAUCCAACAAUAGCAGCAGCAACAACAACAACAACAAUAACACAAGUGCCAGUGCAGUCAAUGCAGUCAACGCGUCAGGCGGACUAACUUCACAUUCAUCAGGGAACAAUUUGUUCAAUAAUCUUGGUGAUGAAGGAAAUACGUUAUCACUUCAGCAUUCUGCACAUCAUCAUGGUAUGCUCGGAUUUCCGGGCUAUCCCGGAUCUGGUGUCCCACCUGGCUUCCGAGGAGAUCCGUCUUAUGCAGCCGCUGCUGCAGCGGCCUCCGUGCCUCAUGUUGGCGGCCUUCUAGGUCUUGGUGGUGUUUACCCUCCUCAUGCUGCUCCCGGAUCAUUUCCAGGUGGAUUCAAUGAUCUCCGUUAUCCUCAACCCCCAUCAGCCGCACAUCCAUCCCUGGCUGGAUUCCCUGAUUCGGCCAACUACUAUGGCCAGCAUCCACAUACCCCGGCAUCCGGUACUGGUCCACAUCAUCAAGGUUAUCAUUCUGGCCUGGUUCGUGAUCCUCGUUCCGGUGUCCUCUAUCCUCCGUCCUGUAGCGCUGGCAGUGCCGGUUCCGGAUUUGGUGGUUUAGAUCUAAACUCUGAUGGUCGACCGCCUCAUCUCGGCUCACCUUAUCCCAGUGCUAGUAGUGUGGGUGGAAAUUUUAGCACAUCUCCCGGCUUCGGUGGUACACAUCCCGGUGGUGGCUUAGUUGGUGGAGGCUAUCCACAAACACAUCAACAACUCUCUACCGACGCACUCUCCACAUCCUCAUCAUCCGGUGUUGUGGGACGGUCAAAGCAUAGCAGUUCUUCCCUUCCUCUUGUUGCCUGUGUGAGUCGGUUUGAGAAAGUGGCCAACCGGAUGCCGUUAGACCGGCGUCAGCUCUGA